UUCAACAAUGGCUACUAACUCUAAAACAUUACUAGUUAGCGACCUUGUAUCCUCCGAAAAAAUCGACCAUGUCCCUUCGAACUACAUCCGCCCCAUCUCCGAACGUCCCAAUCUUCAAGACGUUUACGAUGAUCCCAUCCCACUCAUCGAUCUAAACGAUCUAUGUGGCCCAAAUCGCUCUCAUGUCGUUGAUCAAAUUGGUUUAGCAUGCCGAAAAUAUGGCUUCUUUCAGGUGAAAAACCAUGGGGUACCCGAAUCAACCAUAGCCAACAUGAUGCAAAUCGCGCGCGAAUUCUUCAAGCUACCCGAACAAGAACGACUCAAGACGUACUCAGACGACCCAAAGCAAACCACAAGACUCUCCACCAGCUUCAACAUACGCACCGAAAAAGUCGCUAACUGGAGAGACUUCUUAAGACUCCAUUGCUACCCAAUUCAAGACUACAUCAACGAAUGGCCUACCAACCCAGCCCACUUUCGGGCCCAUGUCGCGGAAUAUUCCCACAGUACAAGAGACCUCGCCCUCCGAUUGGUCGAUGCCAUUUCGGAGAGCUUAGGACUCGAAAAAGACUACAUUAACAAACAAUUAGGAAAACAUGGACAACAUAUGGCUUUGAAUUACUACCCACCCUGCCCGCAGCCCGAUUUGACUUACGGGCUGCCCGGGCACACGGAUGGUAAUCUCAUCACCAUACUUCUUCAGGAUGAGGUCCCUGGGCUCCAGGUCAUGCGGGACGGGCAUUGGGUUGCGGUCCGUCCGGUUCCAAACACAUUUAUUAUUAAUAUUGGUGAUCAAAUGCAGGUGAUUAGUAAUGAUAAGUACAAGAGUGUUUUGCACCGGGCUGUGGUGAACUGCGAUAGAGAACGGUUGUCUAUACCGACGUUCUAUUGUCCGUCUCCUGAUGCGAUAAUUGGGCCCGCUCCGAAACUGGUUACCCUUGAUGACCCUGCUGUGUACAGAGAGUUUACAUAUGGGGAAUAUUAUGAUAAGUUUUGGAACAAAGGGCUUGCUAGUGUGAGCUGCUUGGAUAUGUUCAUGGCUACAUCAUCUGUUUAAUGGGUUUGAUUUUAUGGGAUAGUUUGUUAUCGUUUUUUAUUUUUUAUUUAGACGCAGAGCGAAAGCACAAAAAAUAACGCAUAAUGAAUAAAAAGAUAUAUUUGUUAUCUUUU